AAAAACGAGCGGUAACCAAAAAAAACCCCAAAACAAGUAACGCUCCUAAAUUUCUAAGCGGCGCAAUUGAAUGAAUGUCGGCAGAGGCGAGUGUGUAUUGUUGAGCAAAAUUGGAUUAACGCGAUUUCAGCUGAAGUCGUGGAGAAGAGCAAGCGCCAGGAUGCAAGAAACGAAUGGAAAUAAGACUCAUGAACCGAACACCGAUCCGGGAAUGGAAGCAGCAGCCGGCUCAAGGUCCGAAAAUGAAUGAAUGGUAAGUGGUGAACAAUGAAGCAACAGAGAAAGAAAGAAUGGCCCAAAUGGAUAAACUUUUGGCGCCCAGGAAGGGAUGCCAGACGGCCGACCAGGAGCAGCGAUUUUGACAGGAUCUGCGGCUGGUCGCUCUGUGGUGCUUCUCCAGCUGCGACCGCGUUGCCUUGUCUGUCCUUUGGAAUCGUGCCAAGGCAGAUUCGAUGCUGGGAAACGCGACCCCGUGGCCGACUUUGGCGAGAGAUGCACGGACAGGCGGCCUGGUCGGUGGACGAGGAGAGAGGGAGCAGAGAGCAGAGAUGGCAGGAUCGAGGGCCUCGUAGGCGAGGCUUGCGGAUGCAGAGGGAACACGGCGAGCUAACGGCUUUUUGGGGAAACACGAAACUGCGAAGCGAAGCGACGUCGAAAGCACUAGAGCGUGGGAUAUUAGUAGGGGUGGUUGGCCAGCAGGUGGAGCUGCAGGCGAGGAUGCGAGACAAGACGCCCCGGCCUAGCGCAGAAUGCAGCAGUGAGGGUGUUGAAGCAGCAGUGAAUGGCUGGUUGGCGCAGUAUUAUCAAAGGCUGAUACACAGAAGGGAAGACAAAAAGGCAAAACAAAGCAAAGCAAGGGAAGAAAAGAAAAGAAAGACAAAGCUGCAAGGGCAAAGGGGAGAUCAAGGAGGGUGGAUCCUGCAUGCACGGCCAAGGCUUGCAGAAAAG